AUGCCAAAAACACGCAAGGAGAUCAAUUUAACGUAUAGGAGAAACAAAAAGGCAAAAUAUGAGACCCUUGAGAGUCAAAUUAAACUUCUUGAAAGUGAGAAAUCACGAUUUGAAGAAGAGAACCGUCAAAGAAGAGAUAAUCUCCAAAGUCUGAUUGAUAAACUUCAGGGUAAGGUAGAACUUCUUAAAGAACAGAAUAAAGAACAGAAAUCAGAAUUUGAAGCAGAAAUUAAAAAUGUUCGAGAACAACAUGAAGCAGAAAUCCGGGAUCUCCAGGAACAGCAUGAAGUGGAAAUGAAAAACCUUCAAGAACAAUUCAAAAUUAAAAUUAGAAAUCUCCAAGAACAAUAUGAAACAGAAAUGAGUAAUCUCCGGGAGCAGCAUGAAGAGGAAAUAAGAAAUUUCCAACCACAAGAAGAGUUUAUUUCUGAAGAAACAUCAAUGAGCCUUAAUAGUUUCGGUAAGAAAGAGCAGUUAUUAAAUGUUUUCAAUAGAUACUGUGAUAACUAUAUUCUUCGAAAAAAAGGACAAGCGAAUUCUACGCAAUUUUUAACAUUUGAUGAAUAUUCCACAAAUUACUAUAAUCGCAAUGUAUCUGAGAUAUCAGAUAUCCAAACUUUAAAGUUGCCAUAG